AUGGCUCAACAAACGCUUUUAUCCCCCGCCGAGCUUGCGUACCUCCACAGUUCCCUCUCCCUCAGCCCGCCCAUCCGGCCCGACGGCAGGACAUCUAAGCAAUUCCGACCCCUGACGGCAGAGACUGGUAUCUUGCCUGGCACAAACGGCAGCGCGCGCGUCUGUUUGGCGGACGGCACGGAGGCCAUUGUGGGCGUCAAGGCGGAGAUUGAGAAGACGGUCGACCCGCUGGGCGGCGAAGGGUACCAGGAGUACGUCAAGAGCGCGAGCGGCGUGGGCGGCGGCGAUGCGGAGGAGGACAGGCGCGAGGCGAGGGGCGAGUGGCUCGAGAUGACGGUGGAGAUUCCGGGGCUGAGAGACGACGAUGCGGGGACGGUGUUUUUGGCUGAGUUGUUGAGGGAGGCGCUGCUUGCGGAUGGGGAGUUUGCGAAGAAGCUGUGGAUUAACAGGCGGUUUCACUGGAGGCUAUAUCUCGACAUUCUUUUGAUAUCACCACCGCUUUCAUAUCCUCUGCCGCUCCUCUCCCUCACAACACAUCUCGCCCUCCUCGCCACAAGACUCCCGCGUCUCAGAUCAGAAGGUGACGAGGAUCCCAUGUUCGACGACGACUGGGAGGCCGCCCCGUUCCUAUACCCCCGCGGGGGCGCGACCACGGGCUCACGGCCGUCCAUUACGCUGCUGGUCGUUGCCGUGGGCGACAGCAUCCUGUUCGACCCUUCCAAGGAGGAGCUCGCCGUCGCCGACUCUGCGCUGGCCGUGUCGCUGUGCGAGGUUAGGACGCAGCGGGAGCAGGGCGGCAUGGAGGUGGAUUCCGGGCGCGAGCUGCGGCUGGUGUCGAUGCGGACGAUUGAUCCUCCCUCGAGGCUGACGCCGCCCGGGGUGCCCAGCACGGCUAAUCUGGCGGCGAGCGGGACUUUUGAUACGACGCAGCAAAAGCAACAGCAGAGAGCGGAUCAACAUCCCCAAGAAGGCGUCUGGAAGGCACCGCUGGGAGGCACUAGGUUUGCCGUCUUGGAUAGCAUUAUGCAGGCUGUCCUAGAAAAGGGGGGUGUUGCAGACGAAGUCUUGGAUGGGCUGGAAGGGGUAGACCUGGCGUGA